UUACCAAGAUGCGAGUCAAACUGUGGUAGUGCAGUCGAUGCGGGAUUUGUUUUGAGAGGACUGGAAUGCCGCUAGUUUGCCGAUAAAUUUGAAUCGUUUCCAACAAAUUUCGGUGUGAAUUUUUAGUGUUAUUACUGUACGAUGUGCGUGACAGUUCACUGGUAAAAGCGCUAUUUGGAUACCGGGAUCACAGGGGAAUCGACCAGGUUUUAGUUUAAAUUGGCAUCCCUCUCAAUGUGGCGGUGAGGAUGGAAACUUUCCAGACGAGGAUGGGCAGGAGUAUACUGGCCUUAUUGGCUACAUUAGCCACGAUACACUAUACUCACUCAGAGACAGUUUCGGUUAUACCACACGAUGCGCACCCCGGUUAUAACGUCAAAAAGUUCACUCCGGGAACCAACCUUAGUUUCAAAUUGUUAGAUUCAGGGUAUUCGCAGUUUUUCACGAUGCUCCAAGACGGCUCUAUAAUGACGGUUUCGGACGUUAGACCCUUGGUGAACAGGCCCAUAGAUCUUAUGGUGCUGGAGGACAAGGGUAACGCUUCAGAGACGCACCUCCUACAGUUGUACGUCUUGGAUAGGAGGAACAUACUGAGCUUCAAGAUGGACGCGGAAGAAGACAUCAUGGGUCACAUUUCGGAGAACUCCAAAACCGGAACGAGGGUUUGCGGAGUUCCGUUAUUGCAGGCUGCAAGUGGCCUAAACUUAGUUCCUAUCACUUAUUCCAUAAUAGCCGGGAAUAUAGGACAUGCGUUCGAACUGCAAAGCAGCAUCGACAAUCUCACCCUAUCCAACAUCACCCUUUCAGAUUACACUGCUGGUGUGUACAUCGUAUCUGCUCAAAUUUUGGACAGGGAAGAGACCAGUAGGUACGUCUUAACGGUUGAAGCAUCAGACCCGAGCGGUAUCAACAAAGCGGUUGUCAAUAUCGUGAUAGAGGUUGAGGAUGAGAACGACAACAGUCCUGUUUUUACCCAGAAGGUGUACCGGUUUGUCGUUGGGGAUGACUCGUUGGAAGGCGACAACGUAACGACGGCUUGGAAAAGGUUUUCCUCGAUCGGAAAAGUUGAAGCGACAGACGCAGAUGGCGACAAAAUCGCUUACAGGCUAGCCACCCCGACCAACUACCUCGUCAUAGUACCACAAACUGGGGACCUUCUACUUUCCGAAGAACCCAUAUACGAAACCGACCUCGAACUCAUAGUAGAGGCUCACGACCUCCGGACACCAAGCAGGACCUCGCCAAGACCCGCUCAAGUUCUCUUCCAUUUCAAGCCUCCAGAACCUUCCAAGGUGGAGCUCGUGCUGGAUUUGCAGAAGUUGGAAGAGCACGAAAUGCACAGAGCCAAAAGGAGGGUCACAAGGGCUGUGAGACCUACCAAAAGGAUAGAAUUCACGGAAACUGACGGGGAUACGGAGGGUAGAAACGUGUUUCAGCUCGAGAAGGAAACCGAUAGAGAAACUUUCAAGAUAAGGGAUGAGAACCCUUGGGUUACGGUUGAACCAAAUGGUGCGGUUAGGGUGAAGAAGAAGUGGGACUAUGAGGAGCUGGGGCCGGAGAAGACUAUCGACUUCUGGGUGACGAUCACCAAUGCAGAGAAAGGCGGAAUAAAAUACACCGACAACCAGAGAGUCAUAAUCCACGUGAAAGACAUAAACGACGAACCUCCCUAUUUCAUAAACCGACCCCUGCCGAUGCAAGCCGUGGUACAGCUCAACGCUGCCCCAAACACCCCCGUCUUCACCCUCCAGGCCAGAGAUCCGGACACGGAUCACAACAUCCACUACUUCAUCGUGCGAGACAGGACCGGCGGCAGGUUCGAGGUCGACGAGAGGUCUGGCGUGGUCCGGACCAGAGGUACGGACCUGUUCCAGCUGGACAUGGAGUACGUGCUCUACGUCAAGGCGGAAGAUCAGAACGGAAGGGUGGACGAGAGGCGUUUUCAGUCGACCCCGGAAGAGAGGCUUUCGAUCGUGGGCGGAAAGAGGGCGCCACAGUUCUACAUGCCGAGCUACGAGGCGGAAAUACCGGAAAAUCAAAAGAAAGAUUCCGAUAUAAUAUCCGUGAAAGCCAAGUCCUUCGCCGACAGAGAAAUAAGGUAUACCCUGAAAGCGCAAGGACAAGGAGCUGGUACCUUCAAUAUCGGUCCAACAUCUGGAAUUGUGAAAUUGGCGAAAGAAUUGGAUUUCGAGGACCUGAGGCAGCCUCAUGUUUAUUCACUUGUGGUAACAGCUACAGAGGAUUCUGGCGGCUUUUCCACGUCAGUGGAGUUGACAAUCCGAGUAACCGACGUCAACGAUAACGCACCAAAAUUCGAACUACCAGAUUAUCAAGCUCACAACGUGGACGAAGAUAUUCCACCAGGAACAAGCAUUUUGAAGGUGAAAGCAAUGGACGCCGACAGUGGUGCCAACGCAGAAAUCGAAUAUCUGGUCUCAGACGACCAUUUCAGCGUGGAUCCAAGUGGCAUCAUAUCGAACAACAAGCAAUUAGACGCCGACAACAACAACGCAUAUUAUGAAUUCGUCGUAACGGCCAAGGAUAAAGGAGAACCUGCCAAAACUGGAACAGCAACUGUGAGAGUUUACACCAAGAAUAAAAACGAUGAAGAACCAAAGUUUUCCCAACAAGUAUACACUCCGAAUGUAGACGAGAACGCUGGUCCCAACACGCUAGUUACUACGGUUGUGGCAUCAGAUAAAGAUGGCGACAAUGUGAGGUUUGGAUUUGUUGGUGGAGGCACUAGUGCUGGGCAGUUCGUCAUAGAAGAAAUCACGGGUGUUAUUCGUUUACAUAGUAAAUCUAUUACUUUGGACAGAGAUAAGUACGAACUGAAUGUAACAGCUAUGGACGAUGGAGCAUGUUGUGUAAAUGGCGAAUCCACAAUUCACACAAGCACUGCUGUGGUAGUUGUAUUCAUAACUGACGUAAACGAUAACAAGCCGAUAUUCAAAGAUUGUGGCACUUACUAUCCAAAAGUUGAGGAGGGAGCACCGAAUGGUUCGCCUGUCAUAAAAGUACAUGCUACCGACGAAGAUAAAGGCGUGAACGGACAAGUCAAAUAUUCUAUAGUUCAGCAGCCAAAUCAAAAGGGUACCAAGUUUACAGUGGAUGAAGAAACGGGAGAAGUUACCACCAACAAAGUAUUCGACAGAGAGGGUGACGAUGGUAAAUUUGUUUCUAUUACCGUGAAAGCUACAGAUCAAGGUGAACCAUCACUGGAAGGGGUUUGUUCGUUCACUGUAGAAAUCACAGAUGUCAAUGAUAACCCUCCACUUUUUGACAGACAGAAAUACGUCGAAAAUGUGAAGCAGGAUGCUAGUAUUGGCACCAAUAUUCUUCGUGUGUCAGCAUCUGACGAAGACGCAGAUAACAAUGGCGCCAUAGUUUAUUCGCUUAGUAGUGCAGAUAGUCAGAGAGCCGAUCUUGAGUAUUUUGAAAUACAACCCGAAUCAGGGUGGAUAGUAUUGAAAAAGCCCUUGGACCGAGAGACCUACAAGUUGGAGGCCACUGCCCAAGACAAAGGCUUUCCACCCUUGUCCCGAUCUGUGGAGGUGCAGAUAGACGUAGUGGACCGCGCGAACAACCCUCCCGUGUGGGAUCACGUGGUGUACGGUCCGAUCUUCAUUCGAGAGAACCUCCCGGUCGGGGCCAAGGUCGUGUCAGUCAAGGCAAGCUCUGGAAUCGAGAACAAUCCAACGGUAUUUUAUCGUCUGAUGCCCGGAUCAACCGCUCAAACCAAUAAGUUUCAUACGUUCUAUCUACAACAGAGGCCAGAUAAUGGAUUCACUUGGGCUGAUAUCAAAGUCAAUCAUCCACUUGACUAUGAAACAAUCAAGGAAUACAAUUUGACUAUACGUGUUGAGAACAAUGGAGCCCAACAGUUGGCAUCUGAAGCAACAGUUUACAUCCAGUUGGAAGAUGUUAAUGAUGAGAUACCCCUGUUCACCGAAAGAGAACAAGAGACAGUGUUGGAAGGCGAACCAAUAGGAACCAAAGUCACACAAGUGAACGCGAUUGAUAAGGAUGGAACUUUUCCUAAUAAUCAAGUGUACUAUUAUAUCGUGGAUUCUCCGCGUAAUGAAGGCAAAGACUUUUUCGAAAUAAACAAAGAAACGGGCGAAGUGUUCACGAAAGUCGUUUUUGAUAGAGAAAAGCAAGGCGCUUAUGCUCUAGAAGUGGAAGCCAGAGAUGGAGCUCCUUCUGCCAGACCGAACAGCGACAACGAACCGAAUUCAGUUACUAAAUUCAUUCGAAUUGGAAUCGCUGAUAAGAAUGACAACCCUCCUUAUUUUGAUAAGGCCCUAUACGAGGCGGAAGUCGACGAAAAUGAAGAUAUACAACACACCGUUCUCACAGUCACCGCCAAAGAUCACGAUGAAUCUUCCCGUAUUCGAUACGAGAUCACAAGCGGUAACAUAGGAGGAGCGUUCGCUGUCAAGAAUAUGACAGGAGCAAUUUAUGUAGCAGGUGCUCUAGAUUACGAAACAAGAAAACGGUACGAAUUACGUCUGGCUGCGUCAGAUAACCUGAAAGAAAACUAUACUACCGUCGUGAUACACAUCAAAGAUGUCAACGACAACCCGCCCGUCUUCGAAAAACCGACCUACAGGGCUCAGAUCACAGAAGAAGACGAUAGGAACUUGCCGAAGAGCGUGUUGAGGGUUAUGGCCACGGAUGGCGAUAAAGACAGACCUCACAACAUCGUCUACUUCCUGACAGGCCAGGGCAUCGAUCCUGACAAUCCCGCCAACAGCAAAUUCGACAUCAACAGAACCACCGGGGAGAUAUUUGUACUGAAGCAACUCGACAGAGAUCAACCAAACGGGCGACCGCAGUGGAGGUUCACAGUGUUUGCACAAGACGAAGGAGGUGAAGGUCUGGUAGGCUACGCUGACGUCCAGGUCAACCUCAAGGACAUCAACGACAACGCUCCCAUCUUCCCCCAGGGCGUGUACUUCGGAAACGUGACAGAAAACGGUACAGCCGGUAUGGUGGUCAUGACCAUGACAGCUGUCGACUACGACGACCCCUCGGAGGGUACGAACGCCAGACUUAUAUACUCGAUCGAGAAAAACGUGAUAGAGGAAGAGACGGGUUCUCCAAUCUUCGAGAUUGAGUCGGAAACGGGCGUGAUCAAAACUGCGGUAUGUUGUUUGGACAGAGAACGGACUCCUGAUUACUCCAUACAAGUGGUGGCUAUGGACGGGGGUGGUCUUAAAGGGACAGGUACCGCGUCUAUCCGGGUCAAAGAUAUAAACGACAUGCCUCCUCAGUUCACGAAAGACGAGUGGUUCACCGAAGUGGACGAAACUGACGGCGCUGCACUACCGGAAAUGCCGAUUUUGACAGUGACAGUACACGACGAGGACGAGACCAACAAAUUCCAAUACAAAGUGAUCGAGAACAGCGGAUACGGCGCAGAUAAGUUCACCAUGGUGCGCAACAACGACGGUACGGGCUCGCUGAAGAUCGUGCAGCCUCUGGACUACGAAGACCUCCUCCAAAGCAACGGAUUCAGGUUUAGGAUCCAGGUCAACGACAAGGGCGAAGAUAACGAUAACGACAAGUACCACGUGGCUUACUCGUGGGUCGUUGUCAAGUUGAGGGAUAUCAACGACAACAAGCCUCAGUUCGAAAGGCCUAACAUUGAGGUGUCUGUGUACGAGAAUGCAGAAGUUGGGAAGAGCUUGGAAACGUUCAAGGCUACAGAUCCAGACCAAGGUGGGAAGAGUAAGGUGUCUUACGCCAUUGACAGGACGUCGGAUAGGAAGAGACAGUUUUCCAUCAACCAAGAAGGUACAGUCAGCAUUCAGAGAUCGUUGGACAGAGAAGAUACUCCAAGACAUCAGGUGAAAAUUCUCGCGAUCGACGAUGGUAUCCCACCAAAGACUGCAACAGCUACCCUUACUGUCAUAGUGCAAGACAUCAACGAUAAUGCUCCCACAUUCCUGAAGGAUUACAGACCUGUUCUCCCAGAACAUGUUCCUCCGAGGAAGGUUGUAGAAUUGUUGGCUACAGACGACGAUGAUAGAUCGAAGAGCAAUGGUCCUCCAUUCCAAUUCAGAUUGGACCCUGGUGCAGAUGAUAUCAUUAGAGCUUCGUUCAAGGUGGAGCAAGACCAGAAGGGUGCAAACGGCGACGGUAUGGCCAUUAUUUCCUCUUUGCGAUCCUUCGACCGGGAGCAACAGAAAGAAUACCUAAUCCCCAUCGUUAUCAAGGACCAUGGUAAUCCUGCGAUGACCGGCACCAGCACCCUGACCGUAGUUAUAGGGGACGUCAACGAUAACAAGAUGCAGCCCGGGUCCAAAGAGAUCUUCGUGUAUAAUUAUCAGGGCCAGUCCCCGGAAACGGAAAUUGGCCGGGUUUACGUCUACGAUCUGGACGACUGGGACCUGCCCGACAAGAAAUUCUACUGGGAGGGUCCCGAACAUCCCCGCUUCAAGCUGAACGAAGAUACCGGCAUGAUCUCCAUGCGGCAGAACACGAGGGACGGCAAAUACCACUUGAAGUUCAAAGUUUACGAUAGAAAGCACACGCAGACAGACGUGCCGGCCAACGUGACCGUCACUGUUAAGGAGAUACCACACGAGGCCGUCGUCAAUUCGGGUUCCGUCCGCAUAGCCGGAAUAACGGACGAGGAUUUCAUCAGGAUCUGGGACUACAAGACCCAGAGUUUAUCCAAGAGCAAGGCGGAAAAGUUCAAGGACAAGAUCGCCGACCUGCUGAAUACUGAUAGGGAUAACGUGGACGUAUUCAGCGUGCAGCUGAGACGCAAACAUCCGCCCGUAACAGACGUUCGAUUCUCCGCCCACGGUUCUCCAUACUACAAGCCGGUGAGAUUGAACGGCAUUGUGCUGAUGCACAGGGAAGAGAUCGAAAAAGACGUAGGUAUCAACAUAACAAUGGUGGGCAUCGACGAGUGUCUUUAUGAAAACCAAAUGUGCGAAGGUUCUUGCACGAACACUCUUGAUAUAAGUGCCUUACCAUACAUGGUGAACGCUAACAAGACGUCCCUUGUUGGGGUUCGCGUAGACGUCUUGGCGGAAUGCACGUGCGGCGCCAGAAAUUUCAGCAAGGAAGAGAACUGUCGGAACAACCCUUGCUACAACGGUGGCAGAUGCAUAGAAACCAGAUACUCGAUAAGUUGUUCGUGUCCCGCGGGGUACAACGGGCCAAGGUGCCAACAGACGUCGAGGAGCUUCAGGGGCAACGGUUGGGCUUGGUACCCGGCUUUGGAGAUGUGCGACAAAUCGCAUUUACACUUCGAAUUUGCCACGAGGAAACCCGACGGACUCCUGCUUUACAACGGUCCGAUUGUACCGCCGGAAUCUGACGAGACCAUGGUUUCCGAUUACAUUGCCGUGGAGCUCGAACGUGGUUUCCCACGAUUACUUCUAGAUUUCGGCUCUGGUACCUUAGAACUCCGGGUGAAGACCAAGAAGACCUUGGACGAUGGAGAAUGGCAUCGCCUGGAUAUAUUCUGGGACACGGAAAAUGUGAGGAUGGUUGUGGAUUAUUGUAAAUCGGCAGAUGUUGCUGAGCUGGAGGAUGGGACACCACCAGAAUUCGACGAUAGCUCGUGUCAGGCUCAGGGGACAAUCCCGCCUUUCAACGAAUAUCUAAACGUGAACGCGCCUCUACAACUUGGCGGUCUCUACGUUGAACAGUUCGAUCCUACGCAUUACCACUGGCAGUACAUGCCUGUCGGAAAAUCCUUCGACGGCUGCAUCAGGAACCUGUUCCACAACUCGAAGUUAUACGACUUGGCACAUCCUGGUCUCUCGAGAAACAGCGCCCACAGUUGCCCACAAGCUGAUGAUAUGUGCGGUAGAACAGAGUCGACUGCUAGAUGCUGGGAGCACGGAACCUGCGUCGGCAGCUUCAACGAAGCGAAAUGUCAGUGCAAACCGGGCUGGACGGGACCUUCGUGUACCAUUCCAACCAUCCCAACCACUUUCAAACCGCAGUCUUACGUCAAGUACGCUUUGAGCUUCGAACCCGACCGCUUCUCCACCCAAAUCCAACUGAGGUUCCGUACCAGAGAGGAGCAUGGCGAACUGUUCAGAGUUUCCGACCAGCAUAAUAGAGAGUAUGGAAUCCUAGAGAUCAAGGAUUCUAGAUUAUACUUCAGGUACAAUCUAAACUCGUUGCGAACGGAGGAGAAAGACAUCUGGUUGAGUGCUGUAGCGGUAGACGAUGGCCAGUGGCAUGUGGUGAGAGUUAAUAGGUACGGAUCAGCAGCUACGCUGGAGUUAGAUGGCGGUGAAGGUAGAAGAUAUAACGAAACUUUUGAAUUCACCGGACACCAGUGGUUGCUGGUCGAUAAACAGGAAGGAGUUUAUGCUGGGGGUAAAGCGGAAUACACCGGCGUUAGAACUUUUGAAGUCUAUGCGGAUUAUCAGAAAGGAUGUCUGGAUGACAUACGACUGGAAGGCAAGCAUCUUCCUCUUCCACCAGCCAUGAAUGGAACGCAGUGGGGUCAAGCAACAAUGGCGCGUAACUUAGAGAGAGGCUGUCCAUCGAAUAAGCCAUGCGCCAAUGUUAUCUGUCCUGAUCCCUUCGAAUGUGUCGACCUUUGGAAUGAUUAUGAGUGCACCUGCGGUGAGGGACGAGUUAUGUCUCCCGACAACAAAGACUGCAUGGACAAAGACGAAUGUUUGGAUCUGCCGUGUCUCAACGGCGGUACUUGUAUAAAUCUGGAACCUCAAUUGAGGUACCGCUGCCACUGUCUCGACGGGUUCUGGGGGGAGAACUGCGAAUUGAUCCAGGAGGGUCAGACACUCAAACUGAGCAUGGGAGCUUUGGCGGCCAUUUUGGUUUGCUUGCUCAUCAUUCUAAUUUUGGUUUUGGUAUUUGUGGUGUACAAUAGGAGAAGAGAAGCGCAUAUUAAAUAUCCUGGACCCGAUGACGAUGUCAGAGAAAAUAUCAUCAACUACGAUGAUGAAGGCGGUGGUGAAGAUGACAUGACCGCUUUCGAUAUAACUCCCCUCCAAAUACCCAUUGGUGGGCCUCUUCCAGAAUUAGCACCUCCAAAAUUAGGAUUUUCAAUGUUGGGAGUUGGACUGGGCCCUGAGCCAAACGUUGGAAUGUUCAUCGAGGAGCACAAAAAACGUGCCGACAGCGAUCCAAACGCGCCGCCCUUCGACGAUUUAAGGAACUACGCCUACGAAGGUGGCGGCAGCACAGCAGGAUCCCUGAGUUCCUUGGCUUCCGGCACUGACGAUGAAACUCAGGAAUACGACUACUUAGGAGCGUGGGGUCCCAGAUUCGACAAGCUGGCGGACAUGUAUGGGCAGGGAGGUGAGACUGAGCUGGAAGAAGAAUAAAGUGCGUUUGAGUUAAUUGUGAAAGACAUAUUCCUUCACCCCAGAUCGCUUAACACGUAUUUUACGUGCUCGAUAAGACUGUCGCAGUUUUACUGCAUAUAUAAAUAAUUUGUAGAAAAUUUAUAUAUGGGCAAAACUUGUGUUAUCUCUCAUUCCCAGAAUUGCUGGUUCAGAAGUUUUCCAUCAAAGUUACCACUGCGUGUAAAUUGCGUAGAUUCAUCGGGAACACCCGUCAGGAAUCGAAUCGAAAUCAGCGAGUGCCCCAUUAUUACCAAAGAUUUGAAUCUUAUAUAUGUAUCGUCCUAAGAUGUAAUAUAACUAUUUAUUAAGCAACGAAUUUUAUAUUGACUCGUGCGUUCGGUUCUUCGGGUAAUUCUCCUGUCACGGAAAGAGGAUAGGAUUCCAGCAGCCUCCCAACUUUCUUUUGUCAACCCACUGCCACUAUUUUAUUAAGUAGUACCUAACUAUCCUGCAUGUUCAAUGGAGUACUUUCAACCGGAGAGAUUCAGCGAGUUUUGCCGAGAUGUUGCAUAUAUUUGAUUUGUAAAGCACAUGAUUACCUAUCCAUUUUCAUGUAUCGUUGAGCCAGUAUUCCUACAGUUUGAUAGUAGGCAAAGUCAUUAAUUUAUAGGUCAAUUUUAAAAAUUAGAUUUAGUCGAUUGUGCGUGGAAGAAUGCAAGUUGGACUACGUGAGUUUUUAUCAUCACACCAUUUCUCUGUGAUGGAUUAUUUUAUAUCAUGUUGCUCACUUUCGAUUUUGAUCAUGAAAGAUUGCUGCGAGAAUUCAAUAAAGAAAUGAAAAUUCAUAUCAAGAAUACAAUCAAUGUGAAGUAACCCAUUACAGAUGAAGCAAUUUUAGAUGUACAUAAUAAUCGUGAUCAUACAAAACCGAGCACCAUAUGUUGCCAUAUUGAUGAUAAACCCCUUAUUUUGGCGCUCACUCUUUUUGUUGUAGUUUGUGUAAAAACAUGGAUCAAAUGGGUAAAGAUGAGUGAAAGGUUGUGCGUCAGUGCCAAUUAUUAUAACUAAUAUAAAUGUAAUGAAAUUGAAUGCUGUGUAACUAUAAUUAAUAUUAUGUGUUUGCACUUGUGUAUUGUUUAAAGAUGUAUACCUAACUAUUCUUAUGAAAUCGCACCAUAUAAACACCACUCAGCGAUCAUUUGUCGAUACUCAUUCUGUCAAUUCAAAUACUCAUUUCUUAGACUUUAGUUGAGUGAUUUCUAGUGAUUUUUUUGUAAAUUAUUCGAGUUUUGUCAUGAUGAGUUCGUAGGAUAUUUAUGUACCUUUUUUCUAAAAGAAAUAAUUUCAGAUUAUAAUGACUUGAAUAAAACUCCUAGAGAAAUA